GUUGGGCAGUUAAUCGUUUUUGUUUCUCAAACUAUUCAUACUCACACACCAUCAAUUAUGUUUAUUCAGACGAUUCAUAAGCAGUUAAUUUCUACAUCUGAUUAACUUUCAUCAUCAUAUAAUCAGUUCCAGAAUCAUAUCCCUCGUUCAUCUGUAAACUGUUGGAGUGUUGAGUCGAACUAUGCCGAUGAAGCUGAAGCAAAAGAUGGAAUAUUCAUCGUUUUCAAGCCAUAAGCAAUCACCUAAAUCAAGUAAAUCCACAAAACAUUUAAAGGCGUUUCACGCAGACCGCACAAAUGAUGAUCUGGAAUGGACAAAUCAAAUUACAGAAUGUCCUGUUUAUCAUCCUUCAGUUGAGGAGUUUGAAGACCCGUUACGUUAUUUUCAGCAAAUUGCACCAGAAGCAUCAAAAUAUGGAAUUUGCAAGAUCGUUCCUCCUUUAAUCCCUACGGCUCCAACUGGUGUCGUAAUAAAGAAGGAGAAGCCGGGUUUCCGUUUUACACCUAAAGUGCAGCCCCUUCGGUUUUCUAAAUGGACUUUGAAUGACAAGAACUCAUUCCUCAUCAGCAGCAAAAGCUACACUCUUCGUGAUUUUGAGGUAAUGGCGAAUAGGGUAUCGGCUAAUAAAUACUGUUUAUCCGGAUGCCUUCCAUCUGCAUACAUGGAACGGGAAUUUUGGCUUGAGAUGACACGUGGCAAGAAGGGGACGGUUGAAUAUGGAGUAAACGUAGAUGGGAGUGCGUUUUCGUCUUCCUCUGAUGAUCAUCUUGCAAACAGCAAAUGGAAUCUUAAGAAACUUCCUAGGUUGCCAAGAUCAGCACUUCGUUUCUUCGAAAACGAUAUUCCAGGAGUGACUGAUCCCAUGUUGUAUAUUGGAAUGCUUUUCAGUAUGUUUGCAUGGCAUGUAGAAGAUCACUACUUGUAUAGCAUAAAUUAUCAUCACUGUGGGGCACCAAAAACAUGGUACGGAGUUCCCGGUAGUGCUGCUGAUGAGUUUGAGAAAGUUAUCCAGAAUCAUGUUUACACUAGAGAAAUAUUAUCAACAAACGGGUCAGAAGGAGCCUUUGAGAUGCUUGCGGAAAAAACAACUAUGUUUUCUCCAAAGAUCCUGUUGCAGAAUCACGUUCCGGUUUACAAACUUGUGCAAUUACCGGGGGAAUUCGUUGGCACGUUUCCUAGAGCGUAUCAUGCCGGUUUCAGUCACGGCUUCAAUUGUGGAGAGGCGGUGAAUUUUGCAGCUCGUGAUUGGUUCCCGUUUGGCGGGUCUGCUAACGAGCGAUAUGCAUUUCUUCAAAAGAAGCCCAUUAUCCCUUAUGAAGAAAUUCUCUGCAAAGAAGCUAUGCUUCUUUCCUCAAAAAAUCCUAAAAAAGAUUAUACGUGUGACCCUGAUGCAGAUUUUAACCGUUUCGUCAAGGGCCCGUUUGCAUCUCUUAUACAUAAAUAUGAUGAUGCGAUAUCAUAUUUGAAGUCGUUGGACCGAUCACUUAGUAUCUUGUCGAAUUUGAAAGAAAGCGUUAGCUGCAGCAUUUGCAAACGGGACUGUUACGUGGCACAUGUUAAUUGUAACUGUCGUGUUGAUCCCAUAUGCGUUUUUCAUGAUAAAGAACUUUCUAAUUGUACUUGUGGGAUGAACCGAACUCUUUCGAUGAGAGGAGAUCUACCCAAAAUGAAAAAUGUAGCAAAAAAGUUUGAAGACGAGCUAUCGCAGGGUCACAAAGGAGGAGUGGGUGGGGUUGAAUAUGUUGACACAAAGAUUCAACAAAGUAAUGCAAGUGCAAGAGAGAGUAAGAGGACUAGAAAACAGAGAACAUGUAACACUGGCAAAGUUAAUGCGGGUGGUACACAUGUAAAUAUGACAGGGAAAAGGGGCAAAUCUGGAAUUUCAUCAAGGAUGAGGUCAGGUGGUGAUAGUAGAUUGAAGGAAGUUAACAAGAAAUGUAGAAAGAGGGCUUCUUAGUGCCAUCUUGGUUCCAUAAUUUGCCAUUGACAGUUAUAUGUAAUUAGUUGUUAAUUAAAUUAAAUUAUUUUUAUUAUGAAGUGAAUAGUGUGGUUUGGAUUACAUGGAUGUAUGAUUAUCCUAAAACGUUUAUAAAUAUUUGU